AUGGAGGCGUCCGUUCGUGAGCACCACCCUCACUUGCGUGAUGAGGUUGUCGACCUCAUUGUGGACGGUCGUCUACUACGCAAGGUUCGGGAGCGUGCGGCGGAGCAAGCACCUGCGAGCGGCCAGCAAGGAGGAAUCGGUGAAGGAGGAGCUGUGCACGAGGCUCCUGGUGCCGUGGGCAUUGAUGGAGGAGCUGUUGCACCGACCAUUAACACGGGAAUGAUCGGGACGAGCUACGGUCAAUUCAAGUUUGGAGUUGAACACAUCUCCGUGACGCCGCUGCUGGGGGGAAGGCACGACCUUACCGCGUGGGUCAGCGCCAUCCGACCUCAGAUCUACCCUGACAUGACGGUGGAACGCGUGUGCAGCGAGGUGUUGAUGGAGGAGCAGACUCUCUCCAUCGAACAGAGUUACAAGCAGAUCACCAGCGGUGUAUCUGCUUUCUCGGGCGCUGUCAACACCAUCAUGGCUACAACGGAGGUCAACGGGAAGGAAGGAAAAGGGGGAAGGGAGCAGACGGACAAGAAGAAGGAUGGCAAGCGGGAGAAGAUGCGAGCCCCCUUCAAGGGGCGCUGCUACAACUUCAAUGAGGAGGGGCACAUGGCUGCCAAGUGCCCCAACAAGAAGAAAGAUACAACGCAUGCGGCAGCCGCGAAUGUAGCUGAAGGAGACGGGAAGGGUGUGGCAAAGUUGCUGGCCGACGACAAGGACUUGUGGUUCCUUGACUCAGGAUGCUCCCAACACAUGACCGGCCGCAAGGAGUGGUUCACGGUGAUCCGCGACCCAUCUGCAACGAAAUCAGUCACAGGGUUUGAUGGUUCUACGCAGGAAGUUGCCGGUGUUGCCACAAACAGUGGCAUGCUAGGCAUGGACCUAGAGAAAGGAGGGGAGGACACGUCGAGCGCCUCCUCCCAAGAAGCCAAACUCACUCGUCAAACGCUUCCGCUGCCUGACGAGCGAGAGGGGGAGGUUCUUGGGAUGGUCCAUGGCCCUGAGCAGAACCAGCCGCCGUCACGUAUCGUCAUCAUAAUCCCAGUGCCGUCCGUGCAAGGGGGCGAACAACCGUUUGAUCGUUCGGUUGACCAUGUGGGCAGCAACGCAACCAUGGCUCCGCCAGCUCUCUGUCCAUCCUUAGCUGCUGGCUUGGCACCUGUGGGACCAGAGGUUGGUCCCUCUGCGGAUGGACGUCGUGCGGCUGAUGAAGACAAGGAAGGAGAGGCAACGGACCUGAAAUCGGCGGCAACCCAUGGGAAGGACCCCAUACCCACGGUUCCGCCCCUCCAGCCCACUCCCCCACCCCCAUGUCAUUCUAGCAGGUCCAACAAGGGUAUGCCACCUGUUCGGCUUCCCGCAUCCACCAUGACAGCCUUGGAUGCGGUUGAUGGCAACAACAUGUACGGCAUUGCAUUCCUUGCUGGAGGUGCUUAUGGCAAGGACAUCUACUAUAAUGUGGAGUACUUGGAUGAGGCUGAUGAGGAGGAAGGGGGAUUGAGGAGCAUCAUCAUCAACCUCGAGGUAACCUUGACCGGACCUGAAGGCAAGGUGGUGGACAAAGGUCUCCUCGUGGUGGACUACAUGUCAUCCACGGAAGGCUAUCUUGGUCUGCAGAUUGUGUGCGACCACCCCAACAAGACACUCCUCCUGCACCAGAAUGCAUGUGGCGAAGGUGCAGCAGCGGUUCUUCAAGGGGGCGCCACCGAAGAAGCAGCCGAUCACCCCUCUCUCCUCUACCAGCUUUGUCAUGGAGGAUGCUGA